GGUGCCCUCAAUACUCAAUAUAGUCUUGUGCUCAUUUCCUUUCCCAGGACGGGAUGACGGCGCUACAUCUGGCGGCCAAACAUGGACAUAUUGACGUCAUGAACGGACUCAAGGAGUUUAUACCGUUCCGCACCGCUAGCGAGAAGACCGGCCUGACGGCCCUGCAUGUAGCUGCCCACUACGGCAAGGCGGACUUUGUGAGAGAGAUGUUGACCAUUGUCUCGGCCUGUGUCAAGAGCGAGUCGCCCAUCUCCAGCACCUACGGCUCACAGUGGUCGUCAGAGGCAGGUAUGACACCUCUCCACUUCGCCGCUCAGUCCGGUCACGAAGGGCUUGUUCGGAUCCUCCUCAACUGUCCCGGCGUACAGACAGACGCACCUACCAGUGUCACAGUUCUUAUGUCCUGUUCUCAUCCAUCAUCUGUUAUGUCUCCCCUCUCAUCUCUUGCCUUUAUUUUUGCUACAAGAUCAAUCAUCGCGUUUACGGGAGCGUAA